GAAGGAGAAGAAGGAUGAGCUGGACUCGCUCAUCACCUGCCAUCACCACAACAGGGGUUCACCCCAGCAGGUGUGUCACCAUCCAGAGGACGCUUGAUGGACGCCUGCAGGUAGCUGGAAGGAAAGGGUUCCCCCAUGUGAUCUAUGCUAGGCUCUGGCGCUGGCCAGACCUCCACAAGAAUGAACUGAAGCACGUCAAGUUCUGCCAGUUCGCCUUUGACCUGAAGUAUGACAACGUGUGUGUCAACCCCUACCACUACGAGCGAGUGGUAUCGCCAGGCAUCGUUGGUCUCAGCAUUCAAAAUGCAGGUCCUCCAGGUCGGCUGAUCAAAGAGGAGUACAUCCAUGACUGUUUUGAGAUGGACCUCCCCUCCAGGAUGCCCCGUGCAUCUCCAUGUGACCUGGAAGUGAGAUAG